UUGACACUUGUCAAUGUCAACAUUUCCAUACCGCGUGUGUUUUUUGGUUGUAAUCAAUGAAAUAUUUUUCCGAAUUUUCAUGUGAAAAGUGCACUGUGCAAAAUAUAUAAACAAAGAAACAGUCAUGGCCUGUACGGAAAUAGAUAAUAUUAUUGAUAAGUUCAACACCUUCACAGAGAAACCCGUAAAAUUUCUGACAACACAAAAAGAAAUUAAAGAUGAUAUUAAAAACUUAGUAAAAUCAUUGUAUGAUUACACUAAAGCUCAAGAAAAAAGUGAGAGGAAGAAGAAGAAAGGUGCCUUGAGUGAGUUGAUAGUGGAAGACUUUGAUGAGGAGCAAAUAUGGCAACAAAUCGAACUACAGAACUCUGAAAAUUGGGACCAGCUUGUGUGGGAAGUAGCUAACUGUGUGUCUGCAUCAAAUAACUUAACAUUCCCUGUCAAGACUUCCGAGGAUCAGGAGUCUGAGAAAAAUGAGGCAGAGGACGAAGUCUCAAUGUCAGAUGAAGAAGAAUUAAUGUCCGAUAAUGAAAACUUACAUUCUGAAACUGAGACUACGGAACGCAAGAAGACGAAAGCGGUGACAAAAAAAUCAAAGUCCAAACCGUCCAUAGUCGACGAUAAAUUCUUCAAAUUGAAUGAAAUGGAGCAAUUUCUUUUGAAAGAAGAAAAAAAUGAGGGCAAAGCAGCUGCUUCGGACAGUGAUAACGAAUCAGUGGAUUACUUCGAGGAUAUUGAUGAUGAUGAGGAAGAGGAAACAGAAAGAGAUGUGAUGUACUCGGAUUUCUUUGACCAGGCUGAUGGUCAGGCGAAUGAAGAAGAUACACAUGAUGAGAAUGGCGAUAUAUCCAAUGAAGAAGGCAUGUCUGAUGAAGAAUUUAAAGAACCUGAGAAAGAGAAAACAAAGAAAGUUCGUUUUGAACAACCAUCAUCGGAUGAUGAAUCUGAAGGCUCAGACAAUGAAAUAAACUUAAAUAAUAAUGUAUCAGAUGGAAUUAAAUCUGAAUUUGAAUUGCGUCAACAAAGGCUCAAACAACAGAUAGAAAGACUUGAGGAGAGAACUCUUAAAGAAGCUCCAUGGCAAUUGAAGGGUGAGGUUGACGCUAACAAGAGACCACAAAACUCUUUACUCCAAGAAGUUGUGGACUUUGAUCUAACAAGCAGACCAGCUCCAAUCAUCACGGAACAAACUACAGUUACAUUAGAGGAUUUAAUAAAACAGAGAAUAAAAGACAAAGCCUGGGAUGAUGUUGAGAAGAAAGAGAAACCAGUUGACGAUCAACUCGCGUUCCGUAAGAAAGAAGUACUUGAUCACGCGAAAAGCAAGCUCAGCUUAGCUCAAGUUUACGAAGCAGAGUAUUUAAAGCAGAAACAGGCUUUAUCUGGAGAAGUUGAGGAGGAGAAAGAACCGGAAAGCCAUAAAGAAGUCCGGGAAGCAAUGACACAACUCUUCUCCAAGUUAGAUGCUUUGUGCCAUUAUCAUUACACACCCAAAGCUGCUCAAGCUGAGGUCAAAAUUGUUACAAACACUCCAGCUAUUUCUAUGGAGGAGGUCGCCCCUGUGGCUACAAGUGAUGCAGCAUUAUUAGCACCAGAAGAAGUUAAAAAGAAGCAUAGAGGUGAAUUUAUGAGUAAAGAAGAACGAACGAAAACUGACAAAAAUAGAGAAAGGAGGAAAAAGAAAAAAUUGCAAAGAGAAAAAGGGAAAACGGUUAAUGUUACAGAACAUAGGAAUACGAAGAAGGGUACGGAGGCUACUGAUAAAUCUGUGAAGACUUCUAAAGCUUUCUUCCAACAAUUAAAUGAUGAUUCAAAUAGUUUAAUUAAAAAGAAAAAUAAGGGUAAUGUUAAGAGACAGUGAAAUAAAAUAUGUUGUUGAUUUGUGAA